AUACAAUCCUUUGGCAAUCCAUUCAUCCAUCACUACAGAGUAAAGGAAUUGGAUAAGGCCAGUACUCGCUGGGUUAUAGUUACCCAAUCCAGUAAUCCCAUGGAAGGGCUUCAAAUCAUAUUGGGACUAGUUACUAAUGCACCCUUGCCCGCUUUACUAUGGUAGGUACCGCUCUUAGCCCAACCCUUUAGUUUGGCAUCUGCUCCGCGACCUGGCAACCUGGAAGACAUCCCAUCAGCCUUCGCACCUCAUCUGACGGCGCCCGCCGCUGCGAUGCCGUCGAGAUCUUUGGCGUCGAUAUGUUGGACGUCUCUAUGAUACAGCACUGGGUUGAGUCUAUUGAGCCCGUUGAUCGUCUGCCGGGCGCAGUCCACACAUCGAGCGCUCCUGACAUUCGACCGACUAAACGCGCCCGAUACGAUCACGACAAUCCGGUAUCAAGCACGCCCGAACGCCGCUACGAUCCCGCUCUUUUCGAUGAUGCGCUACAAACACCCCCAGAGACUACCAGUAUGCAAACUACGGGGCAGAAAAGACGUGGAGAUGGCAUAGCUAAGGGCAGUGAGUCUGGGAGUACGGUUUCCGAAUUGCAGCAUCGAUCGCUGCCUCCCCCAAAACCAACGUCAAGGCGCCCGAGUCCUGUAAGGCCGUCUCUCAAGACGGCGGCCGACCUAGAAUUACUUGACAAGCCGGUCUUCACACAUGAGAUUGCCGCUGAAGAGAAUGUACAAGCGAUUCUUCCAGACGACGUCCAAUCCCUCUACGUCGCGAUCGAAAACGCUGCAACACACCAGGAGGAGAUCAUCCCCAAAGAGGUACGAGACCAGGUUUCGCGCUUGGUAGGAGAAAAUGCAACGCGCCCGAGGUUUUUUCGAUCGACUGAGACCGUUGGAGGCACCUUGACCGCUGAGGUAACAUUGGCAAGACUACGCGACAUCGUUGACAGAGCGAAGUCAUCAGCAGAACAAGGGCGGCACGAAACGGCGUGGAACCAUCUUGUCCACACCCCCAUGUUAGACUUGGCGUUUCGUAAUAAUGGCCCGGUUGGUGUUGAGCCGGCUAUGACUGCUAACAUCGCGAUGAAUUCGGUACCAAGACUACGACCUGGGAUUGGAGCAGGGUACGACACGGCGCCUCUACCGGCCUGGUCUGCCCCCCACAGCAAUAGUGUAACGCUGUCUGAGAAUUCGGAGGGACAGCGUCCAGACAGCCAACAGCAAGGCAAUAUCGACCGUAAGAAGGUCGACUACGUCUUGGUUGCCGACGUCGCAGACCCGAAGAUGAAGACGGUCAUCCAUGAAAUGGUUUGGGAUCUGGGUAUCUCAGGCUGCGGUACUCAUUUCAACCAAACAGAGUAUCUGCCUUUGCGAUAUAAGCCGAUCGCUGUGACUAUCGAGACCAAGGGAAAGUCAUCGACGCGUGAUCCUUUGCUACAGCUUGGUAUUUGGAUAGCUGCGUGGCACGAACGCAUGUUGCAGGUUCGGACCUUCAGAUCACAAGCCGUCAAGCUCACAGCCGAGGAGCGAAAAGAGCUAUUCAGCAUGAAACUCGUGUCCGUGCCCCUCAUCGUCAUAACGUCGUACGAGUGGGGGCUCUAUUUUGCGUGUGACCACCAAUCCUCCAUUGAGAUGUAUGGUCCUAUCAGUAUAGGGUCUACGAGGAGCCUUCUAAGUGCGUAUGCAUUGCUCACAUCACUCGAGGCUAUUGGGACAUGGAUCGAUACAAAGUAUUGUGCUAGUAUGAAGAAAUGGAUUCUAGUAGACAAAAGCUAAGAAUAUACUAGCAUGGCUCUGGACGUUCUUGACUCGCUUUGUGCAUAUUGUUAUCCCCCGCAUCCUGAUACUGUAAGCACCUUUCACAAAUGAACUGAAGCCAGAAAACCAAUUAGUGAAGUAGACAGCGUUUCGAAAGAUUGGGGCGUCCGCCUCCGCUUGGGCGGUUUGGGAUGCAAUAAUUGCAUAGAAAAGCCAGUAUAUAGCAGCAUCCCGAUCUAAGUUGUGGAUUGAAUGAAGUUGACUAGCUCAGUAUAAGUGCCUUUAUAUAUCAAAACGAAGAUCUAGAAUGGAAUGUUACAGCUCUAGAAUUAGCUCUUAGCCAUAUCCUACCAACCUUAAAUGAA